GCUGCGCUGCGUCCCCCGGGCAAGCGGCCCGCGCCCCCCGCCGAGCCUCCAGCCAAGGCCGCCAAGGCCCCGGGCACCAAGAAGCCCAAGGCCAUCCGCAAGCUGCACUUCGAGGACGAGGUGACCACGUCGCCGGUGCUGGGGCUGAAGAUCAAGGAGGGCCCGGUGGAGGCGCCGCGGGGGCGCGCGGGGGGCGCAGCGCGGCCGCUGGGCGAGUUCAUCUGCCAGCUGUGCAAGGAGGAGUACGCCGACCCGUUCGCGCUGGCGCAGCACAAGUGCUCGCGCAUCGUGCGCGUGGAGUACCGCUGCCCCGAGUGCGCCAAGGUCUUCAGCUGCCCGGCCAACCUGGCCUCGCACCGCCGCUGGCACAAGCCGCGUCCCCCAGCCGCGAGCGCGGUGUCCGCCGCCGACGGGAAGCCGUCUCCGUCGUCUUCGUCCUCGCCCGACUCCGGCUGCAUCGCGCCGUUCCCGGCGGAGGGGAAGGAGAACGGCCGCGCGGAGCGGACCGCGGAUCAGCACCCGCAGGCGAAGGACAGCUCCAGGCGGGAUCAGCACCAGGACAGCGACCCGCGCCCAGGCCUCGCGGUGCUGCCGCGCCUCGAGCCGCCGCCGCCGCAGGCGCCCUACACCGAGGGCGUGUUGGGGCGCCGGGGGCCCGGGCCGGGCAGCGCCGGUGCUGGCGGGGCGACCGAAAUCUUCGUGUGCCCGUAUUGCCACAAAAAGUUCCGUCGCCAAGCCUACCUGCGCAAACACCUGGGCACUCACGAGCCGGGCUCGGCCCGCGCGCUGGCUCCCGGCUUCGGUGCCGAGCGCAGGGCCGCGCUCGCCUUCGCCUGCCCCUUGUGCGGGGCGCACUUCCCGUCCGCGGAUGUCAGAGAGAAGCACCGGCUGUGGCACGCUGUCCGCGAGGAGCUGCUGCUGCCUGCUCUGGCCGGGGCUCCUCCCGAAGCGCCGGGCCCCGGAGGGCCGUCUGACGGAGGCGCGCAGCAAAUUUUCUCGUGCAAGCACUGCCCGUCCACUUUUUUUAGUUCCCCGGGACUGACCCGGCACAUCAAUAAGUGCCACCCCUCAGAAAGUCGCCAAGUAUUGUUGCUGCAGAUGCCGCUGCGGCCUGGCUGUUGAGCUCCGAGAAACCAGGACGUUUCAAGGCUGGCCUGGGAGCAAACGGAUCAUGGGAACUUCUGUGGGGCUUUCUUCAACUUGCAAGUUGUACUCUUUCCUUCCCAUGUUUUCCCUCCCAAAGCUCUCCUAGUAGUCAGUGUCCCACCAGGGAAGAGCAGGUACGUAUACGGCAAAAACAUUCAUGGUCGAAGACUCUCAGCUGUAAAGUCCCUUUCACUUUCCCCACCAAAAUAGGAUUUCCCCCACCUCAAAACUCUGCAGACCCUAACGAAUCCUAUAUGGUUUGUAAUUCCUAUGGAAAGUCACAGUGAAUGCGUGCAUGUCUCAAUGUCUACAAAAGGUUCUGGCUACCAAAAAUGGU